CCCGUGUUUGGGACGAGCCCCGGUGUCCUCCGCGCAGAUCCCCGCCGCCCUCCGCCGCCCUCCGCCGUCCCUCCCGCCGCACCCCCCGUGUCCCGGCGGCCCGCAGACCCCAGGCCGAGCCCCGCGGUCCCAGAGGAGCUCCAGAGGCCGGGCAGAGGAGCUCCGGAGGCCGGGCAGAGGAGCUCCAGAGCCCGGGGAGGAGCUGUGCGUGUCCGGGCUGAGGCUCCCCGCGCCGCCGCUGCCCCGCGUCCGUCACGCAGAGAAACAGCGGCGCCUUUUCACGCUCCUGAUCAAGCCGAGCUCCAGAAAGUGUCAGAUUUCUGGAAGUUUCGUUUUGAGCCGCUGCCGCUGUCAAACUCCCACGAGUCUGUACGCGGCGUGAAGAGAAAAAAAAGUGAGAGAAAGAGAAAACACGGCUCCUAAUAAGGAUCAGGCUCCCGUCGUUCGCUUCAAAGAGCCGGAUCUAAGAGCCGCUUCGUUCACAACCGACUCAUCACUACUAGCGAAAACGAUGCCCUGACCCACAGCGCCCCCUGUGGUGAGGCCGUGCACAGCAUGUCCUGAGUCUCCCGGGCCUUUGGAUCAGACGAGAGCGAACGGAACAUCUCGUCCUCCUCCUCCUCGACAGAAGCUCUCAGGGCUCCGGGGGGCCCCUCCUCCUCUCCACGCCCUGUAGGCAGAGGAUGGUGGGGGCGCUGUCCCGCAGGAGCAUGUCUCAGCGUCUCAGUCUUCUUCUGGUGGUGGUGGGUUUGGUCUGGGGGCUCAUGCUGCUGCGUUACACCGUCCACCAGCCCAGACACGAGAGCAGCCAGCAGCUCCGCCAGCAGAUCCUGGAGCUCAGCCACAGAUACGUGCGAGUGCUCAGGGAGGAGAAGGAGAGGGCCCCCGGGGGCCCCCAGGGGACCGCCCUCGCUGGAUACGCCGACCUGAAGAGGACCAUCGCCGUGUUACUGGACGACAUCCUGAACCGCCUGUCCAAACUCGAGGGAAAAAUCCACCUGAUGGACAACUCCUCCUCGUCCUCGUCCUCGUCCUCCACCAACUCCUCCCAGCCAGCAGGGGGCGCUCUGUCCGCCGCCCCCGUGUCCUUACAGAGGCCCGGCAAACACAAGCCCACCGCCCGGACCACGCGCCUGCACCCACACGCCCCCAACCGCCUCUAGUCC